GUACAAGGACAUGCAUACACAAGGAUGUAGCUGUUUGGCGGGAUAGUUCGACGUGAAAUAUCGCAGCCUUUUUUCAUCGUUCACUGGCGCCUAGAAAUCAUUGGAGCGUUUCCUAUGCGCACACAUACACGCGUAUGUACACGCACAUUUCGAUGUAUCCGUAUAAGCCGUAAGAGGCAACGCGAGUCAGCAAGACACUUGCCCUUACUGCCGCCGAUGACAUUAUGGAACAAUCAGUCAGUCAGUCAGUGAACGUCGUCGGUGUCUAUUAGUCCGCCCGCGCGUAGCCGCACUAGUCAGUCAGUCAGUAGCGACAGUAGCAUAGAAACACUGAUCUGGGUAAUCAGAUUCAGUUUCGGCUGCGCAGCCUUGCCGCUUACACACGAUAAUUCGAUUUGAGACGCGCGCGCGCGCGCGCACACACACACACACACACACACACACACACAGCAUUCUCGCCAGAGACACCGCCGAAAAUGCGGUACAACUUUACUUGUUGUUCGUUCGCAAUAUUAAUCGUGUGCGCGAGCACAACUAUCGCGUUUCCACGUGGUGGUGGUGGUAAUUACACAAGGCUACGGAAUGAAAUUUUGGAGUACGAACGACGUCUGAUGAUAGGCGCUAACUUGUCCUUGUCUGACGUUGAACGAGCUGCGAACAAGAUCCUAAUGAAGGCGAAGCAAGAGGAAUUGCAUGCUGGGUUCAAGGAUCCUCGAUUAUUCGCUCCGGCGCGAAACUUCCUCGAGGCCAAGAACGACAUCGACGGAUCGAAGGUCUUCCAAUUGAUUCGGCACAUGCCGAAAGGAGCAGUACUCCACUCUCACGAUACCGCUCUCGUCAGUAGCGAUUACAUCUAUUACAAUGUCACGUUUCGCAACGAUUUAUACGCUUGCAUCGAGAAAGACACCGUCGAAUUACGUUUCUUUCGAGUACCCGAUAAUUCCUGUAGUUGGGAGCUGUUGAAGGACAUACGCCGAGACCCGACACGGGGUGAGAUAGUGAACGAUAUGAUAAGGAAAAGAAUGUCGAUGCGAUGCGACGAUCCUACGUCGUCCUAUCCUAACGUCGACCGAGCCUGGCACAAAUUUAUCGAUAUAUUUGCGUUCGUCGGACCUCUGCUCACGUACAGACCCGUUUACGAGGAUUAUUUCCUCGAGGCUCUGAAUCAAUUGUACGAAGACAAUGUGAUGUAUCUUGAACUGAGAUCGACGUUGCCGACUUUGUACGAUUUCGAUGCGACGACGAAAUACAAGCCUCGAGAUCUGGUCGGAAUCUACAGAAAUCUUACUCGAAGAUUCAAGGAAAUGCAUCCGGAUUUCGUAGGAGCGAAACUGAUUUACGCUCCUAGACGAUCCGAUACUUACGAAGAUACGAGAGAUCACGUCCGGAUCAUGAGCGAGAUAAAGGAGUUGUAUCCUGACUUCGUAGCUGGAUUCGAUCUGGUCGGCCAGGAAGACAAGGGUCACACCCUCGAGGAAUUCGCUGAUCUAUUGAGAGAAGUUGGAAAACGUAACAUCAGUUUCUUCUUUCACGCAGGAGAAACUAAUUGGUUGGGCGCUCCUACCGAUGAAAACCUCGUUGACGCUAUUUUGUUGAACACGCGACGUAUCGGUCACGGAUACGCGUUGGCCUCUCAUCCUUUCCUCAUGGAGCUCGUCAAACGGAUGGACAUCGCGAUCGAAGUGAAUCCGAUUUCGAAUCAAGUUCUGAAACUUGUCGAUGAUCUUCGAAAUCAUGCCGCCAGGUCUCUGUUCGCAGAAGGAUACGCCGUAGUCGUAUCGAACGACGAUCCUAGUUUUUGGGGUGCGAGAGCUUUGAGCUACGAUUUUUACGAAGCGUUUAUGGCGCUCAUGUCCAGCCACGCCGAUCUCAAGAGCCUUAAACAGCUGGCUUUGAACUCUUUUAUAUACAGCAGCUUGGGUGAUGACGAGAAACAGAAGGCUAUAGAUCGCUGGCAAGGAAAAUGGCAAAAGUACGUGGAGGAUUUAGCCGUAGGCAGAAAAUGAGAAAUUGAAAGCGCACAGAAAGAGCUAUGUAUUACGAUUCUUGUAAAUACAUAAUAAAAAAGUUAUUUGUCAUGUUAAUUAAUCCUAUGCGUUCUGUACAAUUGAAAAAAUGAAAAUUAAUACUCUGCAACUAA